CAAAAUAAAUAAACAACCCUACAAUGUCUACAAGAUUCCCGUGAUACCUAAACACCGUUAAGACCCAAAAUGUCAAAAUGUAAGAAAGCAAAAAACCCUUGCAAGAUUUGUCUACAAUCUGUGACCCCCAAGACGGGGCUACAAUGUCAAGGCGCUUGCGAAGCUUGGGCACAUUACGCCUGCUUAAACUACACACCUGGACGCGUCGUCGAUAUCCGAAAAAACCAGAUUACUGUGACCUGUCCAUGUCCGGAUUGCAAGACUUCUGUGCCAAAGGAAUUUCAAACUAACACACCUUACACAUGCAAUAAUAUAGCGUGUCCCGCGAAUCAUCCUCCGGCUUGCGAUGGCCCAGAAUGUCAAGCUAAUACUGCUACGAAAGGGAAACCAAUACCUGUAGCACCACCAGGUACUUUAACGCAAUGUGGGCCAGAUUGUCAGGAGUACAGCGGUUGCCGCAAGUAUGUCGCUUCAACGGUAAGUGCAAACAGAUUGAAAGAAGAGAAAGAGAAGCAGAUAAUUGAGAAAACAAGAAUCAGACAAGAGAGGAUAAGAAUGGAGAACAUGUCCAAAUCGCUCAGCCGAGGGUCCAGUGGGCGCGCAAUUGCCGACGGGGGCCUUCUCGGCCCCUACGCAGACGGCGGCUAUAACGAUGAGUGUCCUCCGACGGAGCAAGAAUGCAAUGUACAAGAAUUAAUCGGAAAUAUUGGACAAUUGUCCGAACAAAUACACGAACUCAUGAAACACCUCAAAUGCGCGGGCAACAAAGACGUUUGCCAGAAUCUAAGUGAUAAAUGUGCAGAACUGUCUGUGGCCUUGUGUUGGGCGUCUCGGAUGUAUGCUCGUGGCUCCAGUCCCGAUUUGGGAAGAACUUGGGACAAUGGCCGUACGUACUCGAUUAGAACGACGUCAUCUCAAGAUUCUCAUGCUACAGGCAGAGGGUUGCACCUGCAAACUCACUUCAGAAGGCCUGACCCUUUUAACUGUAGGUGCAGUAACAAGAACAGAUGUACAAUCAACGAAACCAAUUCGUGCUACUGCCCUUAGUUACUGCAGCUAUAAAUAGAGUCCCAAAUUUCCGAGGUAAUGGACAACUAACGAACAUUUUGAAUACGUGGCAUACCCAUCUAAUUUCGGGCAUAGAGGGACAGACCGUAGGAGUACAGCAAAACGCUAAUCAUGCUUCUGUCCUGAUAAUUUUGGCACCUAAAUAAUGUCCCAGAUAUGUAAUCCCUAUCCCGAAAGACCACUCACUAUUAUAAGUUUUAUUUUAUUUAAUUCUCUUAUUAUCAUAACUUAUUUUUAUUAUACA